UCCCACGGAGAGGUAGGUAAACAACAUCUCAAAUGGGUCCAAAAUCACACUUUCCCGCACCCGACCAAUAUUGGACAGUGGCUUUGAUGAAUUUUGUUGUAGUUUUGGUCUUAAUUACCUCCUGAAUUUAAAAAUCGGAUGUAAAAAUAACAAAAUAAGGGCAAUUUUCUUACCAGGCCGAUACAGCUCUGCUCCCUUUUCACGUUUACCGUGUGAAUUCACGAUCUCUACACAUUGGUGAUGACCUCUGACUGGCACUUCGUAAAUGUGCUGCUUCCGUACAAUGCGCUGGUGACGGACAGACGCGUAAGUGCAUCCAAGAUGCAUACAUACUGUAGUGUGAAUACCGGCACGCUGGUGAGAUCGAUAUCCGUCGCCUGGUUAUAUGUACUUAAGCGUCCACGAAUGGGUGGCUCACAUGACGUAAGUGAACAAGCACUGCCACUGUCUGUCAGCAUCAUGGCUCAGAGAGGACUUGGUGAUCUUCCAGUGAUACGAAGAUGGAACGUGACAUACUACCAGGAGGAUGACAAGAAGUGGCUCAAAGGAGACCUGGUCCUGUCCAGCUUGAGCCUGUCCUUCCAAGAGCUGGCUUCUGAAAGGAUCCAUUUAACCGUAGACCUAGAGUCGAUCACCGAUGUGAAACUAGAAAGGGCUUGGACGGGCUACAAGUCUUUGGUCGUGUUGGUCGGAUCAAGGAAGCUCUGGUUUUCAUCGUUCACCAACUCCCAGUGCGUCCGAAAAGUCUUGCAGCACUUCAUCAAGGAAACCCUGUUUGUCUCUCGACAUGUCGGUGGGACUGCUCCAACAGGAAGUGGAGGAGGAGGGGGGAGUAGCAAGCUAGGACGGGAGUUGUUGUCCAUUGCUCAUGACUCCGAGAGGACGCUAUCUGGAGCGGCAUCGCAGCUCGUCACCCAGGGGGAGCAGAUAGACGACGGCUUCAAGACGAUGGAUCUCAUCCAGCGGGAUCUCGGAAUAGCAAGGCACAAUAUUGCCUACCUGGAAUCAUGGCUCGGCCACUGGCAUGUACGCAUCAAUGACCUCCAGCCUCCGGUGUCUCAGAGGUCGAGUCAGAAUCAGCCAAUAAACGAGAACCAGGAAUUUCCUGUUAUCUACAAAUUAAAGAAAUCUGAAGAGGAAUCAGGGUUGCUCGUGAUUUCUCCUGAUGGGAUAGCCGUGCGCAACGCCAACGAGGAAAGAACAGUAUUGCAGUUCACAUACAGAGAGAUCAGUGUAAUCAAUGUUUCAACUCCAUGGACGUUUACCAUCACCAGGAGGAUGAUGGGAAAGCCGGACAUCACAUGCCAAGUUACAAGUGCAAAGGUCAUCUCGAUAUUGAAGGUCAUGGGGUCAAAGGUCAAAGAGAAGAUAGAGUAUGAUGAACCAGACAGUGUUGAUUUCAUCUCCCAAGAGGCUCUAGGAGAAAGUGUGAGCAACAAGAAAAGACUUUUGUUCAGUCAAGAUUCCAGAGGAGACCCAGAAGGCUUUCAAGACAGAGUCCAACUGGACGGGGGACAGCAGCAGAGCCAGCUGACCUGUACCUCCGAUGCAGUCAUCACAGAGAGUGAGGCUGCCGAGCUGAGCAACGUAAUGAGGGACGUCAAGUCACUGGCGCUCGGCAUCGGCAACGAGCUGGACGUUCAAAAGGAGAAGAUCUCAGUGCUGACGGACGAUGUCUCCGAGGUGACGGAGGACGUCAGGAUGAAUAACAAGAGAAUGCAGAAGCUUCUCUAGUUUGUUUAAGAGGGUUUAAAAGAAACGGUAAUAAGUAUAGAUGCUGUUAUCUUGCCUGGGUGAGCUGGAUUAUAAUAAUUCCGGUUUCUUUUGACCAAAAUUGUGUUCUUCAAACUUGUGCCCAUGGUAUUUCAUUAGGGAUAUGUUCCUAUGCAUGUACAUGUAGGUUCUUUUGUGACUUUUGUCUAAAUUUAAGUUUGUAUAAUCAUAAGAAAAGAAUAGUUACAGUGUAUACAUGUAGUUUUUAAAAUGUUCAAUGCAACCCAAAUGGAGAGGUGCUGGCGAGUCAAAAAUUUGUGUAGGGAUCUUCAAACUUUAAAAACUAAUCUCAUAUUGUUCAUUUGAUUCUUCUGAAACAUCAGCAAGUUUAACCUGUUUUUUUAAAUUGUCUUCAUUGUUUAAUAUGAUCAAGCCAAUGUAGACGUUCUCUUCAUUGAGGCUUUCUUUCAGAUUUGAGAAAAUAACAUUUGAUAAAAUAUUGAGCAUGUAAAAACACAUAAUUACUAAUGCUCAUUUUCUUUGUUUGCUUUAAUAUGGGGGGGGGGGGGGGG